AUGGCGAGACUAGCUUCGAGAGGCGGUGCUGAUGACGAUGUCGAAAUUGCUGGCACACGGUUCAAGGCCAUGUCAUCGCAUCGGCCAGAGGGACCGGCGCCGAUCGACGUGAACGUGCUCCUGCGCACUGCCGACAAGUGCAGGGAUUUAAAAGCGGUAGCACACGAAUGGCACUCAACUCACAACAGGAAAAAUAUUUUUCACUAG